AUGUCUUUGGGUUGCAUCCUUUGGACUUAUCUGAACCAAAAGAAGUUUGUUGUGUCGGCAGCUCAACCCAUCUUCUUGUAUCAGUUGUGCAUGGGAUGCAUUGUGAUGGCAACUGCCAUUUUCCCUCUCAGCAUGCAAGGAAAAGAAUCUACUCCUCAACUGGACAAGGCAUGCAUGUCGAUUCCAUGGCUGCUCUUUCUUGGCUUUGUAAUCUCAGUUUCAGCCAUCCUAGCAAAGACGUGGAGACUUGAAAAACUAGUUGGUUCAGCCCAUGGGAUGCGCCGUGUCAAGGUGAAGGCAAGAGAUGUGAUGAAACCAUUCAUUGCACUGAUGGUGUGGAAUGUGGCCAUGCUGAUUGGAUGGACAAUUGUGUCUCCUUUGAAGUAUGUAAGGACUCCUACAAACAACUUUGACAUUUUUGGCCGGAGUUUAGAGUCUUAUGGCAGAUGCGAAAGUUCCGACAGUUGGGUCUACCUCUUCGCAGGCCUAGCCUGCGCUGCCAACACUUGUGGAGUCCUCUUUGCUGCCUAUAAAUGCUACGAGGUCAGAAAUGUCACUGUCUACUUUUCAGAAACAACCUACUUGACUUGGAGUAUGGCCAGUCUCACGGAGACACUCCUUCUGGGUGCUCCAAUUUUGGUAGUUGUCAAGGAUGAUCCUUCCGCAUUCUUCCUGGUGGCAGCAUCAUUGAUCUGCGUGUGUUGUUGGGCAUUCUUGCUGCCUAUGUUUGUAUCCAAAUUGUUCCACAAGAACUCCAACUACAAGGAUGCCAAGAUUGAUGGCCAACGGAGACAGGAAGAACGGCUGUAUUCCGUUGCCGUUGGCGCGGAUUCCCAAUUUGAAGACGAAUAUGACGGUUCUGGCAGGAUCAAUAUUCGCCGAUUCGAUUCCACUGUCUCCUCGCAAUACAAAUCAUCUAACUGCAACAACUGGGGCGGCUCUUCCCACCACUCUGCCCGCAACUGUCCCCGGACAGAAAUGUCAUUGACCAGCCAUGAAGGAUUUCAACGAUGA